GAGAGAGAGAGAAGAGAGGGAAGAGUGAGAAGAAGACAAGGUGACGUGAAGAAAGGAUUCUCAAAAUCGCCGAAGGAGAACAGAAGAGAAAAAACGACAAGCAAACAACAACGCUCUCGCUGCAGGGCGAUCCGCGCCGCUCCACCACGGCCAGUACCAGAAUCAACUGCCGGCGCCGCCGCAGCUUCAAUUGGCGCCUAACGGCGAUGAUCGCUCGGUUCUUCAUUCCCGUGUUACCUUCGACGGCGCUUCUUCUUCUUCCGUCAGUAUCAAGCACUCCCAACCCUUGGAUUCUCGUGAAGACUUGGGAUAUGCACUCCACGCAAAUGACAUGCAAAUGUUGUGUACAGGUUAAACCGUGAAGCUUCAAGAUGCAGGGAGAAGGAUCCGGACAUGCAAAUGACGACCACCAGAGAAGGGCAGAUUCUAGACGACGACGGUGCUUUACGGCUGCAAUCGCAACUACAGUAGCCAGUGCCGAGUUUUUGGAUAGUGACACAGUACCAAGGCCUGUGCACAUUUCUUCUCUGAGGGGCAUCGAUAAGGUAAAUGAGUUGUUAUCAAACAAUAAUGAAGCUGCUAUGUUUAACAAAGUGCGUAUGAGACCACAUGCAUUUAUGAUUCUCUGUAACAUACUCCCUUGUACAACAUGAAUGUACAAGAACAAUUAUUUGUGUUUUUAACAAUCGCUUGCCAAAGUCAAACUAACCAUGAAGCUCAAGACAUAUGGCAACAUUCUGGGGAGACAAUUUCACGGCGGUUUGGUGAUGUCCUCGAUGCUAUAUGUACACUACACGAUGAUUUUAUUAAACCCCCUAACUAUGAGAGAGUGCAUAAUUUUUUACGUCAGAAUCGUCAAAGAUAUGGAACAUGGUUUGACGAUUGUGUAGGCGCAAUUAACGGAACUCAUAUACCUUGUACACCAAUUGGAGUUCCAAAUCCUAUGGCGUACCGCAAUAGGAAGGGUGUGAACUCCCAAAACAUAUUGGCAGUCUGCUCCUUCGAUAUAAAGAUCACAUACAUGCUAUCUGGAUGGGAAGGUUCAGCGCACAAUGCAAGAGUGCUAACGGAAACGCACUCCAAUCCUAGGUUCAAGUUCCCACGUCCCCCACCAGGAAAAUACUAUCUUGUUGAUGCGGCAUACGCAAAUUCUGAUUGUUUUCUCACUCCCUACAGAGGUGAGACUUACCAUUUGCCUGAUUGUAGAAGGAGAAGUAGUGGAUUUCAGGGAGGUAGAGAUAUUUUUAACUACAAACACUCGUCGCUACGUAAUUGUAUAGAGCGAACGUUCGGGGUUUGGAAGGCUAGGUUCCCUAUCAUAAGGAGCCCCAAUAAUACGUAUCCAAUGGAUACACAAGAGAAGAUUCAUGUUGCUUAUGCAAUACUGCAUAAUUUCAUUCAUAUGUUUAAUGAGGGGGACCCCCUUCUAAAUCAAUACUACUGUGAUGGUGUACCGGUAAGCGAAAUAGAUCCGAACAAUGAUGAUGAAUUUGAUGACGAUGACACUGAUAGUAAUGUCCCUGAAAGGCCAGUUGUAACAGGAGGUAGUGUUAGUCAUACAGAGAUGCGUCGUUUUAGGGAUCGCCUUGCGAAUGAAAUGUGGGUGGAAUAUCAGGGAAGCCGUGGGAGACAAGUUUGAUAAGCAGAUUGAAGAUGAAGCUUAAUGGGAGGAAGUGCUUGGAAUUUAUACCCUGCUGGUGAACCAGUUGGCGUGUUAGCUGCAACUGCAAUGUCAAAAACCGCAUAUAAAGCAGUUCUUGAUUCUAGCCCAACCAGCAACUCUUCUUGGGAAUUAAUGAAGGAAAUACUACUUUGCAAGGCUAUUUUCAGAAAUGAGUUUAUUGAUCGCCGUGUAAUUUUAUAUUUGAAUCACUGUGGUUGUGGAAGAUAAUAUUGCCGAGAACAAGCUGCAUAUUUGGUUUAGAAUCAACUAGAAGACAGUCUUAAAGAUACUGCAGUGGAGUUCAUGAUUGAAUCCUACAACAUCAGCUUCAGCUUUUACAGAAUCCUAACGCCAACAAAGUCACAAAUACCGAAGCCGGAUCAUCCUUCGGCAGUAGCCAGGAAAAGAAUGUAGCAUCUGUUUUAGAAUGUGAUCGCAAUGGCAAGAUUAAUUGACUUGUAGCAUUUUCAAAAUGUAUGGAUACAAACUAUCUCAACUAGUAGACCCAGAAAUGUGCAUAUAGGGGAAACACAAAUAUAUAAAAGAAGGUACUGCAUUGCUAAUCAGAGAACCACUGUCGUUUGACAUAUGACAAGGUACUGAGCAAUGUGGUAUUGUUUGUUGUUGCCACCAACCUGUGUGGAAUGGUUUAUGGCUUUUUGCCGGAUCUUGAUGUAACUUGUCCAUUUGUAGUGCUAAUUUGCACACAAUUUCUUUUCCUUUUCCUUUUUCUUUUUUCCCCUCUUGCUGUUUAGUUUUGAAUAAUUUGGUGUGGAUAACGGCAAAUACCAAUUAAUGUACUAGUUGGCACCGAAUGUUCAAUAGGGUUGAAAUA